UCUUUCGAACGAAUCGUUCACUCACGCGCCAACACUACCACACAGAGGGGGAUAUGCGUUGCCCGAGCAUUUCUUUGCCUUUCAAUGCAGUUUGUCUUCUUUCACGCCAAAGAAUUUUAACUGCACCAUUUCAGACAACACUUCUUUGAGUUCUUCUUCUUUAGCCGGAAGUAGAAUUUCUACCUCGUACAACCAAACGUGAACACUCACUCUUGUUUCGGUAAAAUUUCCAUGGAAUUCGACAAUUCGUCACUUUACGACGAUCUAUUUGUGACGAAUCAUUUCCCGCGAAACUCAGUUCGGAAAUAAGGCGGAAGACCGAGGACGAGUUGAAAAUGAGUAAAAAGGACAACACUGACAGCGCCGCAGUCAUCCUUGCCUACUUGAAUGCCAAGAACCGGCCUUACAGUUCCCAGGAUGUCUUCUGUAACCUACAAAGCCAGCACGGAUUGGGCAGAACGGCAGUGGUCAAAUCCAUGGACCUACUGGCUCUGGAGGGCAAGAUAAAAGAGAAGACUUAUGGCAAGCAGAAGAUCUAUUUUGCUGAUCAGGCUCAGUUUAAAGAUGUGAAUGAUGCAGAGUUGAAGGCCAUGGACGUUCGCAUUGCCAGCCUCAAUGAGGAGAUGCAGGCCCUCAGCCAGAGCUGCGGACAGCUGAAUGCAGAGCUGAAGGAGCUCAACAAUAGUCUGACCAGAGAGGAAAUGGUAUCAGAAAUCGCCAGGCUGAGAGACGAGUGUUCAGAAUGUCACAAGCGUCUGGACAGAAUAAAGUCGGCCAACAAUCAUGUCACGCCAGAGGAGAAAGACAAGGUUUUGAAAGAACACAAUGUUUAUGUGAAAGAGUGGCGAAAGAGGAAGAGACUGACUUCGGACAUUAUGGACACCAUCCUGGAGGGAUAUCCCAAGAGCAAGAAAGAGUUCCUGGAGGAGGUUGGCGUGGAGACUGAUGAAGACUACAAGGUGGUCCUGCCGACUCUUUGAAGAUACAUUUUUUUGUAUUUAAAUGUACUUAACCUUUAUUAAGGAUGUACUAUAUGUUGCAGUUUGUACAUUUUUUUUUUUUUUAGUUCAUCUUGUGUGCUUAUUUCCUGAACAGUAUUUACUGACAACUUAUUAAAUGUUCAAUGCGCAUUAUUUAGUCGAAGUAAAAGUUUUGCUGUA